UGGUGUUUCUUUCCCCUGGUUUGGUGUUAAAAGGGGAGUGGUCUGAUGAGAUCUGAGACAAAUGGACUUAGAGCUCCGACCACAACUUCCCCUCCUCGCUGCGAGAUAUGCAAUACUCGAGUCUCCGCCAGAACGCGCAGAAUAAACACCCAGGAGUUGUCGUGUUUCGCUGGCAGCCGAACGAGCCCCGUUGUCCUUGUUGAGUUGGUGUUAUUAUGGCUGUGUGGGGCAGGAACCCGCUGCUGGUGGCCAUUCCUCUGUGGAUGACUUUUGGGAGAGCUGCUGCUCUGGCGGAGAGUCAGAUCUGUUACGUGCUGGAUGGUAUCCUGUUCGUGUACGGCAUCAUCCUGACCGCUCUCUACUGCAGAAUCAAGAUCUACAAUGCUAAAGAGGCUGCGGCAGCAAAGCCAAAACAGACUGCUGAGGAGGGCAUAUACACGGGUCUGACUCCUCAUGCCCAGGACACUUAUGAAACAAUCGGCAUGAAAAAGUGAUCAGAAGAAAUGAGAUUUUAUUUCUUUCUCUUCUUUUUUUGUAUUUAAAUAUUGAUUCUCCUGCUCUGCUUAGAUUUUGAGAGUAUAUGAGAUUAUACACACCUUUUAUUUUUAAUAGAGAAGCGCAAACAUAUUUUACACAACUUUUAUGCUUCAGAUAUAUUUCAUAUUGCAAUUAUUCUUUGAUAUUUUACAUUUCUUGUAGAUCGACUCCUAAUCUCAGUAUCUCUUCUCAGCUGGUAGGAAUGUUUUUGUGAGUGUAUGUGAAUAUGAGUAAGUUUUAUUUAGUGAUGGUGAUUGUUUAAGCACAAAUAAAGGAUGUUUUUAUAGA